AUGCCUGAAGACAUUUCUUCGGGCGCCUCGCCUAGGUCAAGAUCAAACUCUACUAAAUCGGCUACGCCAGCUCCUAGGAGUGCUCUUCCUCAAAUGGAGUACAAGCCUUUCACUCGCACACAGCUCUGGCUCUAUGACCUUUUGCUCUGGUUUUGGUCGGUCGUGUUCGACUGUUUCUUCCGAGAAAUAAGGCCCAGAGGUGCUUUUCGCCUCCCCAAAAGUGGGCCUGUCAUUUUCGUUGCUGCACCUCAUGCUAACCAAUUUGUUGAUCCAAUUGUUUUAAUGAAACAGGUGAAGAAAGAAGCUGGUAGAAGAAUUUCUUUCCUCAUUGCAAUGAAAUCGUAUCUCCACAAGAUAAUCGGCACUCUUUCGAGAGUCCAGCUCGCUGUGCCUGUCGCUAGAGCUCAGGAUAUGUUGCGCCCAGCUACCGGUAAAAUUUACGUUGAUUUCGACUCCGACCCUUUGAAGGUCAAGGGAAAGGGAACUCACUUCAUUGAGGAAUGCAUGGCUCGAGGGCUCAUCGCUCUUCCCGAGUCUCUUGGUGCUACCGAGAUUGCAGAGGUUGUUUCUGACACUGAGCUCAUAAUCAGGAAAGAAUUUAAAUCUUCUGAAAAAGUGAAACAGCUCUUGAAACAAGGCACCCGUUUCAAGGUUGCUGACAAGAUUGACCAGGGUCAUGUCUACAAAUUUGUCUUUCAGCACUUGAGUGCUGGCAACUGCUUGGGAAUCUUCCCGGAGGGUGGUUCUCAUGACAGAACAGAUAUGCUUCCGCUAAAGGCGGGUGUUGCCAUUAUGGCACUAGGUGCAAUGAAAAAUGAUCCUGAUUGUAACGUUAAGAUAGUGCCAUGCGGUAUGAACUAUUUUAAUGCACACAGGUUUAGAUCUAGAGCUGUUAUUGAAUUUGGACACCCAAUUGAAAUUCCUAAAGAACUUGUCAAGAAGUACAGCAAUCCUCAAACAAGUCGUGAAGCCGUGAAGGAAUUGUUGGAGAUUGUGACAAACGGAUUGCGGGCAGUCACUGUAAAUUGCCAGGACUACGAGACUUUGAUGGUUAUUCAAGCUGCAAGAAGAUUGUACGCCGGUAACUUUGCCCAGUAUUUACCUUUGCCAUUGGUUGUUGAGAUGAAUAGAAGAUUGGUAUUGGGUUACGAAACAUAUAAGGAUCGACCUGAGAUUCAAGAAUCGAAACAAAAGGUUUUGGAAUACAAUAAGCUUUUGAAGCAUUUGUACUUGCCCGACCAUCAUGUUGAAGAUUGCGAUGAGUCCCAUAAGAUCCGCUUACUUCCAAUCUUCAUAGCUCGCAUAAUCACGCUAAUCUUUUUUGCAGUUCUUGCAUUUCCCGGCAUUGUUCUUUUUUCUCCUGUUUUCAUAAUCUCAAAGUUGUUUUCCAUGAAGAAGGCAAAGACUGCUUUGGCCAACUCCACAGUCAAAAUUAAAGCCAAUGACGUGGUGGCUACAUGGAAAAUUCUUAUCAGUUUAAUCAUUGCCCCUUUGCUUUACAGUUUUUAUGCAUCCAUGGGAACUUGGUAUUGCAAAACACAUCACUACAUGUCUACUCUUGGGUCGGUGACCUUGUGGUUUUCCCUCUACAUGUUGGGUGUAUUGGUGACCUAUUCUGCCUUGAUCACUGGUGAACAGGGUAUGGAUUUGUUCAAGUCGAUAAGACCUCUUUAUCUUUCAAUUUUUUCAGGGAAUGCCAUUAGUGAGCUCAAACAGAAAAGAAAGGAAUUGUCCGAACAGAUAACUGAAGUUGUUAAUAAAUUUGGUCCCGAGUUGUUCCCUAAUGACUUCAACUUACUUGAGUUGAAGGAGCAUUUGAACGUCACAGAUGAAAUUCAAUAUAUCGACUCCGAUGAGGAAGAGGAAUUGAAGACACAAGAAUUAAGAAACAGAAGGAAGUCUCAAAGAAAGGCAAAGAAGAAGAAGAAGCUUAAGGCGAAGAAUAAGGACGAGGGUGAUGGCGACGGCCUGACAUUGGCUACAACACCUAGUGACAGCGACUUGUCACUCAACCAGUCUCUGUCAAUGUCCGAUGGUGUUUCUCUCGUGAACUCGGAUAUGUCCUACACCAAUAUUCCAAUGUUUUCAGACUAUUCAUUGCAUGCUAAUGCCAAAAAUUCUGAUGUGGACAUUAAGGCUCUCAAUUCUACUAUUUCAAUGGCGGACGACUUUAACUACAAGCAAGCUUCGACACCUGUUUCCUUGUCUCGUGAUAGCUCACACAUGGAACUCAAUUUCGCUGCUACCAAAUUACCUGGAUCGAAACUUUCAGCUCAGUAUGCGAUCAGCUCUCCUCAGAAAAGACAUUUGUUGGGCGAGAAAAUCAGAUCAAGAAUCAGAGAGGGCAGAGAAAAUAAUUCCGACGCCUCGUAG